GUGGCAGCGGCGGCGGCGGCGGCAGCGGCAGCGGCGGCAGCGGCUGUCGCCGCGGAUGCAGAUGCAGAUGCGAGUGUGGGCUCCGAGAGGAACCCGGACUUUCCUAUGGCCUCGCUGUACGUGGGCGACCUGCACCCUGAGGUGACAGAGGCAAUGCUGUACGAGAAGUUCAGCCCGGCCGGGCCCAUCCUCUCCAUCCGCAUUUGCAGGGACAAGAUCACCCGCCGUUCCUUGGGCUACGCGUAUGUCAACUACCAGCAACCGGUGGACGCCAAGCGGGCCCUGGAGACCCUGAACUUUGAUGUCAUCAAGGGCAGGCCGGUGCGCAUCAUGUGGUCCCAGCGGGACCCCUCGCUCCGCAAGAGCGGGGUGGGCAACGUCUUCAUCAAGAACCUGGGCAAGACCAUCGACAACAAGGCGCUGUACAACAUCUUCUCGGCGUUCGGCAACAUCCUCUCCUGCAAAGUGGCCUGCGACGAAAAGGGGCCCAAGGGCUACGGGUUCGUGCACUUCCAGAAGCAGGAGUCUGCGGAGCGGGCCAUCGAUGCGAUGAAUGGCAUGUUCCUGAACUACCGCAAAAUUUUCGUGGGAAGAUUCAAGUCGCAUAAAGAACGAGAGGCCGAAAGGGGAGCCUGGGCCAGGCAGUCCACUAGUGCUGACGUCAAGGAUUUCGAGGAAGACACCGAUGAGGAGGCUACCUUUCGAUGAAGACAUCCCAGGAGUGAGCCAGCCAGCAGAGCCAAACCUUGGCUCCCACCCGGUUUACAGCCCCACCUUUACCCCCCAACCCACCAGCAGUGUAUUGUAUUGGGAGCGCAGGUCUCUCGCUCUCAAGCUCUCCCUCCCUUCUUCUCUCUC